AUGGCUAUGGCUUCUCUUUCUUCCUUCCUGGCUUCCAUCUUGCUAGUUUUUCUCUUUAUUACUCCGUCAUUUUCUAGGCUGAGUAAUACUGUCAAUGAAACAGCAGACGAUAAAAGUGUUGUCAAUAAAGUUUGUUCAAAAGCUAAGAACCCUUCCAUGUGUUUACAGAUUCUACCACAUGAUGGAACCCUUCAAGUAUUAGCCAAGAGUGCUGUCAGUUCAGGGUAUGAUUAUGCUCAAGACACAAUUGUAAACGUCAUAGAUGCAGCCAAUAAUGGGACUGAUCGCAAAUUAAAGAAAAAGUACUCUUCCUGUCUUACAAACAUGAAUACUGCAUCUGCAGCUGUUGCAAAGGCUAAAAAGCAAGUGCGUUCAGGUGUUUUCUGCGGUUUGGGUAGUGCAGCAGAAACUGCAAAGGCUGAAGCGGACAAGUGUAUAUAUCUCUUCAAAGGACAGCCAACAGAUCCAUUUUACAUCUUACGGGAGAUAAAGAGCUUUGAGGAUAUAUAUAUUGAUAUAAUCAGGAUCAUCUCCACUAUGUUGAAAAAUGUUCAAACUUAUAUCUCUUCAAAGGACAGCCAGCAGAUCCAGUUUACAUCUUACGGGAGAUAA